AUCGUGCCUCAGGCCUUCCAUCCAACAAAAAAUUCAACCAAUAUUACUAUUCAAAUCAUAAAAUAUUUUCAUUCAUAUAAAUUACUCAUUAUUUGAAAUUUGUUCCCCAACAAACCAGAUCAAUGGACGGUAUAUGUUUGAAACCGGGGUUUAUCGGGAUCACCACCACUCCGAUCACCGCCGCCGGUGAUAUUCGUAAAAACCCAUCUCAAAUUACCACCGCCAUCAGCCGUACGACCGCAAGUGCGAUUUCAUCGGAGAAACCGUCAGUAUCAGGUUCUCCUUCUCCUCGAACAACAUCCCCAUGGGGUUUUUCUCUAAAGUUCCCUCUCACUUCUUUGUUCGUCGGUAAUCGGAACCGCUACGAUGCGUUGGCCGUCGACGACGCCGUUUCGGUUGAUAGAAAAGAAGAAACCAAGGAAGAAAUUGAAUCUGACGGGAAAAACGAGAAUUGGGUGUUGAAAAUUCUUCAUGUCAGAUCUAUGUGGAAUGAAACGAAAGACAGUAGGAUCAAAGAGGAAGAUCAACAAGGUGAAAAUCUUUCGGUGGAUCAUGAAUUCAAUCACCAAGACGAGGUUUCUUUGGAUGAAGAAGAGUGUGAUGCGUGUAGGGUUGAUGAUGACGAUGACGACAAAAUUGAAUUCGAUAAAAAUUCCUUUUCAAAACUGCUUAGGAGGGUUUCUCUGGCUGAAGCAAGGCUGUAUUGUCAAAUGUCUUAUUUGGGGAGCUUAGCCUACUCCAUACCUAAAAUUAAGGCUGGGAAUCUCCUGAAACAUUAUAAGCUCCGUUUUGUUACUUCUUCUCUUGAAAAGAAAGCCCAACUGGCUGCAAAAGCUGGGGUUCAAGAAGGAGAAGACGACACUAAAACGAAAAAAGAUCAGACCUUGAAAGCUGAGGAUGAAAUAGUCUCAUUAGAUGGUGUUCAAGAAGAUGAACAAAUAAAAGAAACCAUUGAGAUUGAAGGGGAGAAGCGUGGUGGUAAUCUGAUAAGUGCUUCUACAGCUUAUCAUAUUGCUGCAUCUGCUGCUUCCUAUUUGCAUUCACAAACAAUGAACAUUAUUCCUUUCCAGUCUUCAGAAAACAAUAAGGGUGACGAUCGUAUUAGUAUGACCACUGACUCGGUGACAGCUGUGGUUGCUGCUAAGGAAGAAGUGAAGCAGGCCGUUGCGGAUGAUCUCAACUCGAUGCAUUCAUCGCCUUGUGAUUGGUUCAUAUGUGAUGAUGAUGAAAGUAGCACCAGAUACUUUGUGAUUCAGGGCUCUGAAUCACUUGCAUCAUGGCAAGCAAAUCUGCUUUUUGAGCCUAUUCAAUUUGAGGGACUUGAUGUAAUUGUGCAUAGGGGUAUAUAUGAGGCUGCAAAGGGGAUUUAUGAGCAGAUGCUGCCUGAAGUUCAUGCACACCUUCAAAGCCACGGAGAUUGUGCGAAGUUCCGUUUCACCGGGCAUUCUCUUGGCGGAAGCUUAUCUUUGCUUGUAAAUCUCAUGUUGCUGAUAAGGGGUCAAGUCCCUCGUUCUUCGUUACUUCCUGUUAUAACGUUUGGAGCACCCUCGGUUAUGUGUGGAGGCGACCGUUUGCUUCAUAAGCUUGGAUUGCCAAGGAGUCAUCUUCAGGCAAUCACAAUGCAUCGUGACAUUGUUCCCCGAGCUUUUUCUUGCAAAUAUCCAAGUCGUGUAGCCGAGCUUCUCAAGGCAGUAAAUGGGAAAUUUCGGAAUCAUCCAUGUCUUGAUAAUCAGAAUCUACUGUAUGCUCCAAUGGGGGAGUUCUUGAUUCUGCAACCAGAUGCAAAACUUUCUCCAAGCCAUGAUCUUCUUCCUUCAGGCAGUGGUCUGUAUAUAUUAAGCUCUCCGGUAUCAGAUGUGAUGGAGGCAGAGAAGCAAAUGAGAGCUGCACAGUCUGUGUUCUUAAAUACACCUCACCCGUUAGAGAUUCUGAGUGACCGGUCUGCUUAUGGUUCAGAGGGAGCAAUUCAGAGAGACCAUGACAUGGAAUCAUAUUUGGUAUCGGUUCAGAGUGUGAUCCGUCAAGAGCUUAACCGUGUAAGAAAAACAAGACGGGAACAACGACGACGUGCUUGGUGGCCCCUGGUGGUACGACAUGACGAGAAUGAGAGGAGUCAUCAGUUGACAGGAGUGUUGCAGACGGGAAGCGAGUCAUUGAAAAGGUUCACUCGGCUCGUGGCAUCGGAACAUAUGAAUUUGCUAGUAAUACUGUUGCUCCCCGCUAGAUUGUUGGUGGUGGAAGCAUGUAAUGUGAUGAGGCUUGGAUGAAGUCCUUCUCCUCCAUUUUAUCAAGUAAAACAUUCAUUUAUUGUUUAAUAUUGGUUGGUUCCCCCUGGGAAUUAUUGUAAUAUAAAGAUGCAUGGUAAAUAUAGCUAAAGAUACUCGGGCCUGACGAGCUUAAUGGAA